AUGGUUGAUUUUAACGUUAAUGGUAAAUCUGCAGUUAUCACAGGUGGUACUAGAGGUUUAGGUUUAUACUGUGCUGAAGCUUUAGUUGUAAAUGGCGCAUCAAUUGUUAUAAUUACUUCAAGAAAAGCAAAAGCAGGUGAAGAAGCAAGACAAUAUUUACUUAAGAAGGCAGAAGAAGCAAAUAAUUCAAAAUGUCAAGUUAUUUCAAUUCCUGCUGAUCUUUCAAAUGAUCAAGAUUGUUUAAGAUUUUUUGAAGAUUCAAAUAAAUUUUUAAAAGGUAAAUUGGACAUUUUAAUUGCAAAUGCAGGUGCUACUUGGGGAGCUCCAUUAGAACAACAUCAACCAGAGCAUUUGAGAAAAGUAUUAAAUUUAAAUGUCGUUGCAUUAUACCAUACCAUAAAAUUAUUUGUUCCAUUAUUGGAAAAAGCAACAAAUUUACAAGAUCCUUCAAGAAUUUUAUUAAUGUCUUCAAUUAUAUCAGUUACUACUUCUGAUCAUGUUGGAGUUUAUGGUUAUUUAGCUUCAAAAGCUGCUGUUACACAUUUAGGUAGAAAUUUAGCUGUUCAAUUUGGUAGUAGAAAUAUUAAUGUUAAUUCAAUUGCUCCAGGUUUUUUCCCAAGUAAAAUGGCAAAUGGUUUAAUUGAAGCUGCUGGUAGUUUAAUGACUGAUACUAAUCCAAGACAUAGAUUAGGUGAAAAAGAAGAUUUACAAAAUUUGGUUUUAUUUUUAUGUUCAAAACAAUCAAAUUAUUUGAAUGGUGUAUUUAUUCCAAUUGAUGGUGGUGCACAUUUGAAUCAACCAGCUGCACAUUUUUAA